GCGGGAAAAACAUGAAAACAAACAGGACUUUUAAAAAUAUUUUUUAUAUUUUUUAUUAACAACAAAUCAAUACAGAAGGACUUGUCAGCGACAGAAUUAGCGUUAAUGCGUCAUUAUAUUUACCUCCCCUGGAGAGUGUUUCAGUUACCUUUCUGCGAGCAGCACAAUGGUUCAAAUUGUUAAAACUUCAAGUGUGAAUGGACCUGGUCCUACUGAGUGGCUGCUGGUUGAACUCCAGGGGGAAAUGAUGUCCAGGCAGAACUCUGGAUUGGCUGGGAACCUGAUGGGAUAUCUGCUCUACACCAGAGAUCAAAUCAAAUCAAAUUUUAUUUGUCACAUACACAUGGGUGUACCUGUGCUCAUUGUGGGACACCACAUCCUCUAUGGGAAGGUGGUCAAACUGGAGAAGCCCUUCGCUGUCCUGAUGAAACACUCUGGCCUCCCACAGGGGGAGAAGGUUCCCAUGGAAAUCAACCAGCAGAACCCCACCACCUACUCUAUUUCCCCCCUCAUCAAGAAGAAGCUCAUCUUCAAUACUCGCCCAAAGCCCAUCAUCACUAAUGUGCCCAAGAAACUGUAGUGAAGUACUUGGUCAUAUGCAUUAUAGGGCUCACUGUCGCAAAACACUUUUAACUGGAAAAAAAUGGACAAGUUCAGAUAGUCCCUGUUGCAGUCUGUUUUCUUCCGUUUUGUGCCUGUUGCAGUCUGUUUUCUUCCGUUUUGUGCCUGUUGCAGUCUGUUUUCUUCCGUUUUGUGCCUGUUGCAGUCUGUUUUCUUCCGUUUUGUACCUAACG